CAAGCAUUUUAAAAAUAAUCCUCUUCGCUUCUCGCACCUCUCCAGACGGAAUAUGUUCCGUUUUUAAAAGGGAAAUUACACAACCGGAGUAGAAUUGAUAGACACUGACGAUUGAAAAUGGAACGUUUGUGUGAUACAGCAUAAAAAGUGGUGUGUCAAGGGAAUCCCUUUGGACAAUACCGUCUCAUCUAUUAUUACUACCUUCUGCCCAAGGAUUUACAGUAGAUUGUCUAGAUGAUUGAGGAUGGAUGAAAGCCAUCAACAGCUGCUUCAGACAUUAAAGUCAGUUGUAGAAGGUCUUCUUAACUGCCAGGUAGCGAAUGUUUGGGAUAUAUACGGUGGUCUAAGCCGUCUUCACAGCAUACUGGAGAGGAUACUCAAACACGAGUUCAGGAUAUUUAAACAAAACGGCGAAGAAGAUUGUUGGCUUUUCAUACAGGGUUUAAAUUGGCUGCAACCGUCAUUGGCAACAUCUCCAACACCGGUCUCUCCAAACUCACCUCCUCCACAUCCGCAUACAGACAAAGCUAUGAUAUGGCUUCACAACAGCCUAGAAACUCAUAGUUUGUCCGAAAAGCUUGCGUGGCUGGUGUCGGAUGAACAACAUCUCGCAUCCUGCUACAAUUCUAGGGCUUUCCUCCGACAACCUAGAUAUAUUGAAGCAUCUCUUGUUUGCCUCAGAGCUAUAGAACAAAAUCAACUACCACUUUUAGCUGAAAUCCAUCCUUGCCUCUAUCUCUCAGAAAGAAGCCUUCGAGCACAAGAGAAAUUUCAUAGGAGGUGUUCUUCUUUCCCUGAGUCAAUACAGAGAACAAUGUGGUCUCCGAAGCCUCUUCUUGAUUUAAAAAAGGCAGCCAACACUGAAAUGACUGACUUAUCAAAAAAAACGUCCAUUCCAACCAAGGAAAUAGCCGAGGAGUCCAGGAUAACCGAAGAGCAACCAGAACAAUCUCAGCCAGACAAGAAAGAAGGCGUUCUUUAUAAAAUUAAACCUUGGAGGAGUCUUCCUGAUAUGUUUUAUGAAGAUGUAAAUAUUAACGACAAUCAACCUAAAGGUUCAUUCGAGUCUUCCAGCCGUAAAAGUAAAACUGAACCUUCAAGUCCUGUCAGGCAUUCUGAAGAAAAAAUCAAUCCGAGCAUGGAGAAGAUUGUUUACAGUUCGCUGAAAAAUGAAAAACCUUUUGCAAACAAGGUGAAGAAGAAUGAAAAAUUACAAAGAAAUAAUUCAGUCAGCACAAGUGAAAGUUGCCAGGAUUUAAAUGUAAAAACUUCAUUUAUCGAGGACGGAGGAGGGAGGAGUAUACUACCAAUGACAACAGGGUCUUCCUUCCCUAAGCCUGAGCAAGGCCAAAGUCUGACUAGUUUCCUUUCCUCUAAGGUUUUUACACAAUCCCAUGCCGAACUGGACAGGGAAAACGCCCAUUUCAGUAUCUGUGAGGCCAUUAUUGCUGCCAUAGAACAAGUCAAGUGUAAUAAAUGGGAGAAAAUGAUGUAUGAUGGUGUAGAGGAGAGCGAUGAAGAGUUCAAGGAAAGAAAACAAAGAAUAAGAGUUCGGAGAAGGAUAAAACCAGAUGAAAAAAUUGGACCAAUAUCUUGCAGUGAUACUACAACAGAUCAGAGCUUUAGUCCUAGAUCUUCAGAUUCACUUGGUGGUUCAAAUGACAGUAUAUCGACGGGUGUUGAUGAUCUUGAAAUGGAUCAAGUGUCCUCUUUGAAUCUUCACGAAAUGAAUAAGUCUGGUCUCAGUCUUUCCAUGGCAUCUUUGUACUCUGAGGCGGACUUAGGUGGCAAGAUACAAAAAUCUACAACAGGGACAUGCAUGUCCAGUCCACUUUCAACUUCUUGCACUACACUGAAGAGUUCGACUACAUUGAGGAGUACAAGUCCUGAGACAAACCAAACCAAUACAGCUGAAUCAGUUGGAUUGUCCUUACUGUCAAAGUUUGAAGAUAAACAGUUACCAAAGGCAUCAGAAAUCCAAUGGCUUAUCUCUAAUGGAGAAGUUUUAUCAAAAAAGUCUUCUACACUGGAUACAUUUGUUAUCGAUGACGAUCAAAUGAAGAAUGCAACAGCAUUGAGAGGCACUGAAAACUGGGCUCCACCUAGGCCUCAGAUUAUAUUUACAACUCAGCCACCUCCAAAGAGAAAAGAGCAAAUGGAAAAACAAAAUUACCUUUGUGCUGGCUGCGGUAUGAAAGUCGCUCCAGAAUAUUCGCACAAAUUCAGGUAUUGCAACUAUUUAGCAAGGUAUUUCUGCACUGGCUGCCACAAGAACAAACAAAUGCUUAUACCAGGGAGGAUUUUGUCCAAAUGGGAUUUCAACAAGUAUCCAGUAUCAGAUUUUUCCUACAAUCUUCUUGAGAAGAUGAUGGAUGAUCCGCUUUUCAAUGUCAGUGACAGGAACCCUGAUCUUUACAAAAGAGUAAAAAAUCUAGAAAAGCUGAGGACAUUGAGGCUACAGUUACCACUCCUUAAGGAGUUCUUAUUCCAGUGCCGAUAUUAUACUCAAGAGUCCAAAGAUGAAUUUGAAAACCUAAGUGGGCAUUUAUUGCGAGACUGUGAUACAUAUUCAAUCGUCAAUUUUAUUCAAAUUAAAACUGGAGAACUGCUCCAGAAAUUGAACCUGAUCGUCAUCCAAAGCACCAACCAUGUUGCAAAAUGUCAGUUGUGCCAAGGGCGAGGUUUCAUGUGCGAGAUCUGCCCCUUCAAGGAUGUCAUAUAUCCUUGGCAGCUGGGAAAGGUUUCCCGUUGUUCGAAGUGCGGCUCGUGUCACCAUAUCAUUUGCCUCAGAAAAGCGGUGAGUUGCCCGAAGUGCACACGUUUGGCUCACCGCGGGCUUACAGUUAGCUAGCGACCGUUUUGCCUUGUCUAUCAAUCAUUUGAUAGCUAGGCAGUUAAAAAAAAAUAAACUUAUAGUAUUUUUCCAAUCAUCAUCUUAAUAUAAUUAUAACAGUUUAAUACAACAAUCAAUUAAAUUU